CCUUCUUCCGUCCCCCACCCCCUUUCCCCUUCCUCUUUCUCUUCCACUUCCUCUUCCUUCCAUUCCCUCUCCUCUCCCCUCUCCCCUCUCCCCUACCACCUACCCCUAUCCCCCCUUUUCGCCAACACACCAUCCCAUCCCAUUCAAUCACCAUGUCUUCAUCCUCCCCCCUAUCCCAACCCCAAUCCCCCUCCUCCCUCCUCACCCCCCUUCAAACCCUCAAAGAAACCAUCCUCGGGCUCCUAAACCCCUGGGUCUUCCUCUCCCUUUCCGCCUCCUACCUGCCGCGCACCAUUCUCUCCCUGAUCCAGCAGCGCCGGUACUCCGUCCUGCUCUCCCCGUCGCGCCUGCGCGAGGCCUGGUUCACCGAGUUCUGGACGGGCUUUGCGGGCCCCAACAUCCGCCUGAACGCGGGCCCGCGCGUCGUGGUCCCGCUACUGCAAGGCCGGACAACGGGCGGCGACGUGACGGACGCGCCCGUCGGCCCGCCCAUCAGCGGCACCGUGAUCGAGGUCGGCGCCGGCGCCGGCAUGUGGGUGGACGUGUAUCGGCAAGUCGCCGACAUACGGGCACCAGAACCAGGAUCAGGAGAAGUAGAGGAAGAAAAGGGGGAAGUCGCGGAAGGGUUGACGAAGCGCAAGACUGGUGGUAAUAGCGACGGCGAGAAAGGCGUCAUCACGCGCGUCUACGGCGUAGAGCCGAACCCGAACCAGCACCCGCACCUGCGGCGCGCGAUCGCCGCCGCCGGGCUCGAGGACGUGUACCAGAUCGUGCCGGUCGGCAUCGAGGACCUGGACAACGAGUCCGCCUGGGACGGGCGCGUGGAGAAGGGCAGCGUGGACUGCGUCGUGUCGAUCUUGUGCUUGUGCAGCAUCCCCGAGCCGGAGAAGAAUAUCCGCGAGCUGUACUCGUAUCUGAAGAAGGGCGGGAGAUGGUACGUGUACGAGCACGUGCGCUGCGAGUAUAGCUGGUAUAUGCGGUUGUAUCAACGCGUGGUAAACGUAUUCUGGCCGUACUUUCUCGGCGGAUGUUUGCUGUCUAGGCCGACGGAGACGACAAUUCGAAAAGCAGGAUCUUGGGAGAAGAUCGAUGUUGGACAACCCCCAAUAGAGCAAUGGUAUGGUGUCGUUCCUCACAUGUUAGGCGUAUUUACGAAAUGAUAUAUUAUCCCGACAUUAUCACGAUGUACAAUGAAAAAAGAAUUUUUUCACUUUUUUUUUUGAUAAACUAUUUAGGGUUGUAGCGUACAAUCAUAGCCAUCGUUUCAUUCCGUUCAAUUCAUUCCUUCACCUGAUAGCUGUACUUUCUCACAACCCCCUAUGGCCUUCCUGAGCGCUUGCUGCAUUAUUUCUGUGGUUGCGUCCAUGUUUAUGAUCGCCAUGUUCGACCACAGGUUCGCCAACAUGUUGCCGCAUAGUAGAAGGA